CAGUUACGCGCUCGCGCUUCACCAGUGAAUAAUCUUUUGUAAUUUUAUCUCUUAACGUUAUUGUCACGCGAUAUUACGGUACCUCAAGCCGGUAGUUUGUUUAGUUUUUUUUUACUUCGUAGUAAUACAGAAAAACAAAUAGCUGUAAUUUACGCGACUCGUGUUUGUGCUGUGAGUGAAUGACUGUUUUUUUUGCUCUAGUGUAAUACAUAACACCUCGAGAUUUUAUUUAUUUAUUUUUUUUUAUCAUUUUCUCAUUCUCAGUUUAAAGUUUGGACAUUUUUGUGGGAUAAAAAUUAUCGCGAGUUCCAAGUGAUCCUGAGGAGGAGGCGACCACUUUGAGAUGCAAGUGCGGUCUGCGGUCGCCGUAUCUCCAUCCAAGAUGCAGCUCAAUCUGUGGCUGACUACUCGCUUACUCGUACUACUGAUUAUCGUUUCUGCAACAGGAGCACACAAACACUCUCGACGCCAUCGGGACUCAUUAAUUACUCCAACUGAUUCGACAUCGACCACAACAAAUAGAAGCUUCAUUGAAAGUUUUCAUGAUACUUAUGAAGUAUCUCCAACCUCAGUUUUAAUUGAAGAAAAAACUCUCAAACGCGAUCCAUGUCUUGAUAAAUACUGCGGCGCGGGAAGGAAAUGCCGACUCUCACCUGAUGGAGGUGUUGCUUUGUGUGUUUGUAUUAAAAAAUGUGGUAUACGACACAGGCCUGUUUGCGGAAGUGAUGGAAAAGUUUAUGCAAAUCACUGCGAGCUCCAUCGGGCUGCUUGUAAUAAAGGAACUCCACUUACUGUCAGCAGAUUGAUGCGAUGUUUACAUCAAGAGGAUCAUCGAGAAACUCCGAAGGCUCUGCCGGUGGGCGAAGCUACUGCACCGACAUUGGGACUAAAAACUGGAAUAAUAAAUCAUCAGGAUGAUGUUAGAGAUAAUCUUGUAGACAUUGACGCCAAUGAUCUUAAUGACUGUUCUGCUCAAGAAUAUGAAAUAAUGAAGGACAAUCUUUUGCUGUAUAAUCAUGCACGAUUGAUGACUCAAGACAAUCACAGCAAGGAAUAUUUAGUCAGUAUAAUGUUCUCACAUUAUGAUCAGAAUAAUAAUGGUAAUUUGGAGCGGGAGGAAUUGGAGCAGAUUGCCGAACGUGAAGACUUGGAGCAGCUGAGCAAGGGAUGCUCUUUGGGACAUAUGAUCAGUUAUGACGAUGCCGAUAAAGAUGGACGACUUAACAUCAAUGAAUUUUACAUGGCUUUUAGCAAGCUCUAUAGUGUGUCAGUUGUUUCUCUCGACAAAUCGCUCGAGAUCAAUCACAUUUCAGCACGCGUUGGUGAUAACGUCGAGAUAAAAUGCGAUGUUACAGGCACGCCACCGCCACCCCUUGUUUGGAGGCGUAACGAAGCCGACCUGGAAGCGCUAUCGGAGCCUGAGAUUCGUGUAUUCAAUGACGGUAGCUUGUAUCUGACUCGUGUUCAAUUACUCCAUGCAGGAAAUUAUACUUGUCAUGCUUUGAGGAAUAAAGAUGUUGUCCAAACUCAUGUACUAACAGUACACACAAUACCUGAAGUAAGAGUGACACCGAGAUUACAAUCAAAACGUCCUGGAGAAGAAGCGACAAUGUCUUGUCACGUUGUUGGAGAGCCUUUGCCACGAGUCGAGUGGCUAAAAAACGACGAAUCGCUUCAUGAAGAAGACAAGUACGAAGUUGUUGGCAAUGGAACAAAACUUAUUGUCAGAAAUAUUGGAUACGCUGACACUGGAGCUUAUAUGUGUCAAGCUACAAGUAUCGGUGGACUUACUCGCGAUAUCAGCAGCUUGGUUAUUCAAGAACAACCGACACCAACAGCGGCUAAUGAAGAACGGAGGUUCUUUUCAUUUCACGAAUGGGGUAUAUCCGUUUACGAGCCGUCUGCUUGUCGACUUUAUCAUCAAAUUCAUUCCACUGAUAUUAUACCUGGGACGCAGGAGUAUGUUUGUGGAGAAAAGGAUAUACCAUGCAGCUGGGGGCGAGCUAUCAACGUUGCUAAUCGUUAUGUUUACGUAACACAGCCUGAGAAAGAUAGAAUUUUAGUUAUCAGCAAAAUUCAGAUGGUCGUUGUUGAUGUCGUAGCAACAGACAAAUACCCAGUCGAGCUCCAGUAUGUACCGGCACUAGAUCAAGUUUGGGUACUGAAUUGGCGAAGCGAACGUAACAUCGGUAUCAAAACAAUUCAAGUAAUCAGAGAUGCAGCCCAAAAAAGAAAACAUCACACAGUACAUCCGGAACCUAUUGAUGGACAAUUUGAUUUAGUCCGCGGUCUCUAUAUUCCCUUUCUCCAGGAUAUCGGUCACAUGUUUAAAUACGGAUACGUCACUCAUACUAAUCAACGGGGCAUGUACAAGCUUGAUCUAGCAAACAUGCGGUACACCAGAAGCGCCGAUCUCGCACCAUACAAUUGCGUCCCCGCCCACAUUCAAUUUCCAGCCUUGUAUGGAUUUGUGAUAUUACAAUGCGAGGAACCAAUUACGGGCAAAGCAACGGGGCAACUUCUAUUAGAUUACUUGACGGAUACGGUUUUGUCUCACAAACCAGGACUUAUCGGGAAACCCAUGGUAUCACCAGAUUCACGUCACGUUGUCACGUUGGACAAACAAGCCAGUGGAGUUAUACUUGUUGUCCAAGAAAUACUACCAAAUGGUUUGAAAUUUUCAUUUGACGUUAAAACGACAUUGAAUAUCAGCGAUAUUACCUUUUAUCCAUCACAAACAACUCAUGGAUAUGAUUUAUAUGCUUCGUCAACAGAUAAAGAAGACAUACUCUUUCUUAAUUUAGCUACAGGUAAAGUAGAAAUGAUAACAGGCGUGGGAAAAGCAAUGCCGAUGAAUUUAACGAAAUGGGGUAAUCCAAACAGGGCAAUUGUCCAAAGUGGUAUAUUUGGACGUUAUAUGGUGAGUCCAUCGAAUGAAGCUCUCUUUGUAUUAAAUGGAGAGACACGAACGGUCAACUGUGAAAUCGGUGGUCUCGUACAUCCGGGUCAAGUUGUGUGGUUCACAGUAGCACUUCAUUAGAAUUUAAUUGCUGUAUUAUUUAAAUAAUAUUUCCCGAUAAAAAAAAAUCUUUAUUUAUUUUAAAAACCAAACAAGUGGCCUCAAAUUGUCUUUUGAAAAUAAAUAAUAAAUAAUAAUAAUAAAGUAAAUAAUAAAUUAAAGACGAUGAGGAUUUUAAAUUUAUGGGAACCAUUUUUUUGUUCCUAAUGUAAGAAAAAUUUUUUCAUAAAAUAAUAAUAAAUGUCAUUUGCCAUAAAAGACCAUUGCCACUGUGUGAAAUCGUUCGUAAAAAAAAAGAAAAAAACAAGAAAAGACAAAAAAAAAUAUCAUUCUAUAUAAAAUGUAUAAUUGAUAUAAUUAUUAAGACCCACCGUACACAAUAACUAGAAAUAAAAAUUAAUAUUAUUGUCAUGUUAUUGAUAACGUUGUUACGCAAUUAUUGUAAGAAGUAAUUGAUAUAGCAUUUUUAUGAAACAAACAAAAAAGAAAAAAAAAUCUACUUGCCCCAGAUAUAAAUUUAAGUAAUUUCUCGUCUCUUUAUCCAAUUAAAAAUUAAUAAUUAUUCGUAUAAAUAAUUAUAAGCGGUGAUGAAUCGCGUGAAAUUAUUUAUGCACGAGUAAUUAACUAUUUAAAUUGAAUUACAUUUAUUUGUAAUUUAAUCUAGCUCCUGCAAACUAAUGUUAUUAUUUAUCAAAAUCUCUUUUUGAAAAUUAUUUCGCUCGUUUGGUCGUCUAUUGUAUCUAGAAAAACCAAAAAAAAAAUAAAAAUAAAAAUAAAAAAAAAUGUCUAGAUUUAGUAGAAAUAAUAUGUAAAAAGCGAAGAAUUAUUUUGUUAACGUUGUCCAUAUCGGGAUAUGUAUUUAAAAUCUGUUGUAUCGCGCGUAAAUAAUUAAAAAGAUAAAUGAUAAUAAUAUUUACGUAUUUGUAAUAGUUGUUGCAAGUUUACGUUAUGGUAAUUAUUUAAUGUAUGAGAAAAAGUAUGUUGACACCUGAAUUGUUACGUCGCGAAGCAACAGAAUUAAUAAUGAAAAAAUAAAUAAUGAUAUUAGAUAUUUAAAUAUAUAAUAUACAUAUAUUUAUAUUUAUAAUGGAAAGAUAAAACGUAUAUAUUGAACAAAAAUAAUAAUAAUAAUAUAAAUGCAUAGCACGAUUACCCACCUGCUGUGAAAAUGUGAAAAGAAAAAUCCGAUAAUAGUAUUAUGAUUAAAAACUAAACUAAACAAAAACAUACAGAAUUUGCGAAUAGAACACAUGACUGAACAAAGAAUAAAAUAAUAAUUAUAAGAGUAAUUUAUCUAUUUUUUUUUUGCAUCGAUAAGCCCUUAUGUCAAUAACUUAAAUAUUCGCUCGUUAAAUAUUCAGCAAUAAUAUGUAAAAUUUUAAUUAUUAUUUAUUGUUUGAACAUUGACAUGAAUUAUUAACAUUUAAUAUUUUGUUGAUAUUCAGUUAUUGACAUUAGAGGAAAUGAUUUAAAUAAAAAACAGCUUUGCAAUCGGCGCCUAGAAGAGAAUAAUGUCUAAUCAAGACUAAAUCUCUGUUUCGCAUGUCAAGGCAAACUUAAUCUAGUCAUAAAUAAAUAAAAAAUUUUACAAAUGUCCCUAUCAUCAUCAUUACCGUCAUUUAAUCACCAUCAUUACCAUUAUUAUCACGCUAUCAUUAAAUCAUAAUCAUCUUUAAUAAAUUUAUAACACUUGGAUAAUGUCAAAAUCAAUUGAUAAACAAAUAAAUAAAUAUAUAUGUAAAUAUUUUCGUGUAAUUCGAUAAAAAGGAAAACAAUUUAUGACAAAUAGCUAUUUGUAUCAUACAAAACAAAACAACAAACACGAAAAGAUUUUUUAAAUAAAAAAAUUACCAUAAAUCUUCAAUAAAUAUUAAGAGUUCACUUCUUUUUGUUUGUUGAGUUUUUUUUGGUUUUUAAUGAAAAUUAUUCAAAUCAGAAACAUACAAUUCAUAAUAAAUAUAAUUCGUAAGUAAUGACACAACAAUAAUUACUGUAUAUUCGUGUGUGUGUUUGUUAAGAUACAUUCCUUGUAAUAAAAAUUCAAUAUAAAUAAUUUAAUAAAUAAUAAUAUAAGCCCACAAUUAAUUUCCCUUUCUUUUUUUAAUUAUUUUAAGAAUUUUGAUUGGAAAAAAAAAAUAUAUGUACUAUUAUCAUUACUUACUACUAUUAGAUAGUAUAUAUAUAUAUAAAAUAAAAAAAAAGACGUAACAAUUGUUUUCAACAGUCAUUUUUGUUUGCUUUAUUAUUUAUUAAAAAUUACGCUUAUGAGAUUGAUUUGUUUUGUUAUUUAUUUAUUUUUAUUAAAAACUCGACGCAUUCUCAAUGUAAUUUCUUAUAUUUUAUUUGCACAGUACUAAUCAACUCGUUAUUUUUUUUUUUUUUAUUUAUUUAAAUUUAAAACUGUAAACUAAAA